AUGGCACCCCCAGCAGCAGUAUCGCCACUUUUUGUGCCCUCUGUUGGUCCUCCAUCUGAUUUCCAUGCGUUGGAACCACAAUGGGACACUGUCAAUGUCGAAUGUUCGGGAUUGACCAACAAAGCCCUUACCAACUGGCUACACAAGGAGUGCAAGAGCCACUUGAGUCUUGUACAAGCUGCAUGGGCCCUAUGUCUUCGAAGUUAUACUGGCUCUGAGGAUGUUUGGUUUACCUGCUUGAACCCUGAAAGGAACUAUCAUUGUCAUAUCUCACCAGACCAACAUGUUCGAACGUUGUUCGAUCUCCAAAAUGUUGAUUCAAUUGGACAGAAUCGCACAACAUUUUGGGAUACCAUCUCUGUCAUCCUAUCCCACGAGGAAUCCAUCGAGGUUAUAGAUGGAUCUACAAUGUUUGACCUCGCUGUAUGCUUUUCACAAAGGCCAGAGACACGUCUACCCAAUGUGAAGAUAUACCACAGGUCAUCAAAGGUUCUCCCUGCCAUGGCGGAGAUGAUCGCUGCUACAGUUGCCAAGUCAAUUGAACAGAUUGUUGCCGAAAUUGACUCAAAGAUCAAUGAACUUGAAGUGUGCAGUGAUCUGGACAUUAAUAGGCUCACUAGAUGGAACAUUUUAUCAAUUGAAGAAGACCCCAUACCAGAACCCAUCCACCGAGUCAUCUCCCAAAACAGCACAUUGCACCCCACAUCUAUUGCUGUCUCAGCCUGGGACGGAGAUUUUACAUAUCAAGAGCUGGACCGUCUCGCGACAGGUCUCGCAAUAUGGCUCCAGCAUCUUGGUAUCGUCGGUCCAGAAGUCUUUGUCCCUCUCGUCUUUGACAAGUCCAGAUGGGCGGUUGUUGCACAGUUGGGUGUUCUCAAAGCCGGUGGUGCGUACUUCUUCAUCAACCCGUCUCAUCCCGUACAGUACAGUCGCGAGCUAUGUUCAUCUUUGAACCCACUUGUGGCAGUGUGCUCGGCAAACCACAGUCCUAUCGCAAAAGAGCUCGUUUGUGAAGCUAUUGCGAUCGGUGACCAGGUUCGUGACCUGUUGGAGUCUAUCCCCGUGGACGAUGAUCCUAGAUCACCAACAGUCAACAUCAGCACGUCAAAUGCUAUGUAUAUCACGUUUACUUCUGGAACAACGGGUGUGCCGAAGGGAAUCACCACGGAACACUCUGCGUUUUACUGUAUGGCUGUAGCGAACGCAAAGGCUCUUCAUAUUGAUGACAGAACAAGAAUGUUGCAGUUCGCAUCAUAUUCUUUCGAUGUUAGCAAUCGUGACACAAUUGUCACGCUUAUGUUCGGGGGCUGUGUUUGCAUUCCAUCCGAGUCUGAUCGUUUGAACAACCUCGCAGGUUUUAUGACACAAUAUCAAGUGAACCUCGCUAGCUUGACACCCUCUAUGGCUAGUACUCUCAGUCCACCAUCAUGCCCCACACUUCGAGGACUGGUCCUUGGAGGUGAACCCAUGACAGAGAGUCAUAUCUCGACAUGGUCAAAACACGUACAGCUUUUCAACGCUUAUGGUGUGAGUGAGAGUACUGGUAUAGCAGCGUUGGCUUCAAACUUCAAGCCAGGUGUUUCGCCAAGCAACAUCGGGUAUGGGUGUGGCUCCAGGUUAUGGGUCGUUGCGAUAGACCAGCCUGACAAGCUAGCACCUAUUGGUGCCCUGGGCGAACUCGUCAUCGAAGGUCCGUCCAUCUCGCGUGGUUAUCUGGGCGACAAGAGUCGAACAGACCAACACUUCACAUCGGAUCCAACGUGGAAGAAGCGGAUUUAUGAAGAAUACGGCCACCGAAACUCUAGCAGUCCAACGUUUCGCACAGGAGACCUGGUUCGAUACAAUCUCGAUGGAUCAUUGCAGUUGGCAGGAAGGAGAGAUCACCAAGUCAAAGUCAACGGACAGAGACUGGAAUUGACAGCAGUUGAACAUCACAUUUCAGCUUGUCCGCAAGUAACCGAAGCAGGUUUCUCCCACAUCGCUGUGGUUGCUGUUAAGGUCGGGAACACCGGGACUACGAAGCUCGUUGCUUUCCUAGGACAGGACACAUCCAGAGAGACAUGUACUCCCGCUCAGAUGGUACCGGAGCAGCUGAAGCACAUGGAUGGCUUGAGGUCGGCCCUCGAAAUAUAUCUUCUCAUGGAUUUGCCAUCAUUCAUGGUUCCAUCAGAGUUUGUCUUUCUACAACAUAUGCCGCUCACAACAUCCAACAAACUCAACCGACUUCUUUUGCAGAAUACGGCUACUCAAGCUUUGUCCGUCCAUCAAGACGAAAGUCUCAAUGGCCAUGAACUGAGCGAUGACGAACGGCCAUUGACCGAGAAUGAGCGGGUGCUUGCGGAGACUUGGGCGACGAUACUGGGUAUCAACGAGUCGAUCAUCUCACGAAAUGACUGCUUCUUUCGACGCGGUGGUGACUCAAUGGCCGCCAUAAAAAUGGUAGCGAGUCUUCGUGAUGCAGGAUUCAGUAUCUCUGUAUCCGACAUCUUCAAGGCAUCUAUCUUAUCGGAAUUGGCUCGGCUUAUGGUUCUAACGGAUGGUCUAUCUUCUCCAACAACUCUUGCACCAUUUGCACUGCUUCAAGAUGCUGAGAAGACUAUCGCCACGAUCGCGGAAGAGUCGAGCCUCGUGGUUGACGAAAUUGAGGAUGCAUAUGCAUGCACACAUAUGCAGCAAGGACUUCUCGCCUUGACGGCGCAGAACUCACGGGCGUACAUCGGCACCUAUGUCUGGCAACUUGCUUCUGAGGUUGAUAAGAAGCGGUUCAAACAUGCUUGGCAGGAAGUCUGGCAGAACAACCCCAUUCUUCGUACUCGGGCGGCCCAGACAUCAGAGGGACUUUUGCAGGUCGUCAUGCGGGCUGACAUGCCGUGGGAGGAAGUCUCUUCUGUGACAGGCUUCCCAACGGUGAUUGACAUCACUGAAGGCCCUCUAGUCAGACUUUAUCUGAGCGCUGAGGCCUUCCGUAUCGACAUCCACCACGCCUUGUUUGAUGAAUGGUCUCUCGAUUUACUCGUGACGCAAGUUGAGCGAGCUUACACCGGAGGAGACCUUCAUAUGAAGCCAUUUAGCCUAUUUGUGCGACAUUUGCUUGAAUCAGACGAUGUGAGCUCUGAGGCAUUCUGGCGUCAACAGUUCUCGGGUCUGGAAGCCGAGCACUUCCCAGCAACCGCUUCAAAGGCGGGAACCACAACAAAGACAAUUGUGCUUGAACGCAAUCUGUCGCUUGAUGCUGACACGUCGACCAAGUACACACUCUCAUCAGUUGUUCGACUUGCGUGGGCGAUUCUUCUAUGGCAUCAAACGGGUUCUGAAGAUGUCGUGUUUGGUGCUACUGUUAGCGGUCGUAAUGCCAACGUCGAUGGUGUCGAUCAGAUCAGUGGGCCAACCUUGGCAACUCUACCCAUUCGCGUCAAACUGCCAAUUGCGAGAUCCGUUCGCGAGGUUCUAUCAGACAUCCAGGAUGAAUUUGUCAACAUGAUUCCACAUGAGCAGACGGGUCUAUCACGCAUUCGACAAUACGGCAAGGAAGCUAGUGAGGCUUGCAACUUCCAGAAUCUGCUUGUUGUACAACCACACGAACAGAAGAUGGAGUCUUCCAUCUUCCAAUCCUCUAAUGGCGAUGCAUCUUCAUCGGGUAAUGUAAAGGCAUUUGCAAGCUACCCCCUGGUCUUGACAUGUCGGCCAGACGAAGGUCGAGUCAACUUCAAGGUGGCAUUUGACUCUAACCUAAUCACCUCAGAGAUUGGUGACAGUCUUCUCAGACAGCUAUCACACGUUGUUCGACAGAUCAUGACAUCUGAAUCUGUGGCGAUCAGAGACAUCAGCCUGGUACCUCCACAUGACAUGGAGAAGUUGCGAAAAUGGAAUCAGUCAGUCCCGAAAUCUGUCGAGAUUUGCAUUCACGAUCGCAUUCGACAGCUUUCUACAGACCAUCCAGAUGCACUUGCAGUCCACUCCAUGGAUCUUGACUUGACUUACCGACAAGUCGAGGAAUAUUCCAAUCGCUUUGCAUGUCAUUUGAUGAGUCGAGGCGUCAGGCGAGGUGACUUUGUACCUGUCUUGAUUGAAAGAUCACCCUGGGCCCCAGUCAUUAUACUCUCAGUCCUCAAGACCGGCGCGGCCUUUGUUCUUCUUGAUCUUUCACACCCUGUUCAAAGGUUGAGGACGAUGUGUUCUAUGAUCGAUUCCAAGAUUCUCGUUGCUUUUGAACAGACCAAGCACAUUGGCGACAAGCUGUCACUUCCAAUCACAACCUUCGACCCGACGGCGUUUUGUGAAGGACAGGACUCAUACUCUUCAACUCAGACCGUCUCUCCAGACCUAGACGCCCCUGCUUGUGUUGUUUUCAGCUCCGGAUCUACAGGCGUACCUAAGGGUAUCGUACUUCCCCAUGGUGCUAUCGCCACAAGCGCGGCUGUUAUGCGAGAACAUGGUAACCUUACUGCAAACAGUCGUGUGUUCCAUUUUGCCUCAUUCGCAUUCGAUAUCAGCAUCGGAGAGAUCUUGUUGACUCUUGCAGCGGGUGCUUGCAUUUGUGUACCACGUGAGGAACAACGAAGGGACAAUCCCGCCAAGGCAGCAGGCGAUCUCAAGGCCACAUGGGCACUGUUGACUCCAUCCGUCAUCAACCUCUUCAAUCCUUCAGAUGUUCCAACUUUGGAGACUCUUGGCUCGUGCGGUGAACCUCUUACCUCUCAGAUUGUGGGUAUCUGGGCACAUAGGUUGGAGCUGUUCGCCAUGUAUGCCCCAGCAGAAUGCACUGUCAUCUCACACAUCGGACGCGUUUUGCCAGACACCCACCCGUCUCAUAUCGGGCGAAGCUUCGGAGCUGCCUCAUGGGUGGUUGAUCCAGCCGAUCACAACAGGCUUGUUCCCAUUGGCACAGUUGGCGAACUACUAGUGGAAGGACCUGUGGUUUCCACUGGCUACCUGAAGGACCAGACGAAGACUGAUCAGGUCUUCGUCAACAACCUUUCCUGGCUCUCCCAGUUCCGUUCAGGUUGUGGAAGAGUGUACAAAACUGGCGACCUUGUCAGACAGAUGCCUGAUGGUUCUCUACAAUUCCUAGGACGAAAGGAUGAUCAGGUGAAACUUCACGGCCAGAGACUUGAAGUCGGUGAAGUCGAGCACUGCUUACAAUCAGCCUGUAAUGACAUCAAGGCUGUUGCCGUUGAGUGCGUCAAGAUUGCGGAACAGAACAACCGUGCCGCGUUGGUCGCGUUUCUUGCACCGCACACUGAAGGAACAUGGGGCCCAAUUUCUAGCGACAAUCCGCCUGAGAACAGUGAUUUACAGUGGAUCACUUCGCCAAACGAACUGUUCUACUCCACCAUUGAAUCGCUGGAUGCUUCUUCUCGGGAUCAACUCCCAUCGUACAUGGUUCCCACGUACUUCAUACCCGUAGCUCAUCUUCCUCUUAGCCUCUCGGGCAAGAUCAAUCGACGUCUUCUGCGCGAGGAGUUCUCGAAGACUAUCUCGAGAAAUCUCGAUUCGUACCAGUUGAGAACCAGCACUGCUGAGCUGGGAGAAGCACCAAAGACUGCACAUGAUCGAGAGAUUCAAGACAUCUUUGCGAAGGUUCUCAAUUCGGACAUUCAGUCGGUACCUAUGUAUGGCCAUUUCUUCAGUCUUGGAGGAGAUUCGAUCUCGGCGAUGGCUGCUUCCACGCUUGCCAGACGGAGAGGUAUUGACUUGACUGUCGCUACCAUUUUUACGCAUCAGAUCCUAUCCAAGAUCUCUUUGGCAUGCGCUCCAGUCAAUGGGGAGAUGUUAAAGACUGGGGAAGGCAAGGCCGAUCAUGAGGAACAGACUGGAAAUACUCCGAAUGGUGGCCAGAUCCCUCUUGACGAACUUCCAGGCCACAUCCCACAAGAUGUCUUGGACAAUGCCAUUGAAGCCAGCCCCGCGACCGAAUUCCAAGUGAUGACUCUGUUCAACUUUUACAGUCGUUACCUAUGGAUCUCGUUGCCUGGCGGGGUAGAUGAAGAGCGCUUGGAGGCUGCCUGCAACAGCCUUGUUCAGAAGCACUCCAUCUUGCGCACAGUCUUUUACACCAACGCUAGUGGUGGUUCGAUCCUCCAAUUGACUCUACGAAACAUGCCAGUCACUUUGACGCAUUAUCCUAGUGUUGAUGAUAUGGAAAGGCACUGUGCAGAUGACUCUAUUGCUAUGGGUGUGCCCAUUGAUGGUAAUCCUGGGCUACAAGUCCAACUUUUGAAGUUGAGAGAUUCGCGAAUGUUCUUGGCAUUGCGACUACCUCAUGCCUUAUUUGAUGGAAUGUCUCUGAGUACUAUUUGCGAAGAUCUCAGUUCUGCCUACACGGGACAAGAAAUGUCGCCCUGCGCUCAGUUCUCGGACCAUGUACGACAGGUCUGGGAGAAGCGAACACCUGAGACUUACCAGGUAUGGAGAGAUGUUCUGCAAAAUACUCCCGUUACCAUCAUGAGUAAUGAGAGUGAAUCUCUUCCGAAGAAGGCUGCGUCAACAUCUAUCGCACACCAACCUCGAGGUGUGACUGCAACAUUGGAGACUGUCCCAAUUUCACCACCCAAGAGCACGACCAUGGCAACAUUGGUCAAACUGGCGUGGGCAGUCACACUUUCUAGACUAUUCACUCCUUCACAGAGCGACAGUGGCUCGAGUGAUGUUGUCUUUGGACAGGUUGUUCACGGCCGUGGUCUUGGAAUACCCCACGAAGACCGCAUCGUCGGUCCAUGCCUCAACAUUAUUCCAGUACGGGUACACUUCCCACUAUCACCCAACAAACAUGACCUACUCUCUCAAGUGCAACAACAACACGUUCAAACAAUGUCGGUUCAAAAUCUCGGUCUUGACGAGAUUACUCGCAACUGUACCUCGUGGGAGCCUGGGACCAAGUUUGGCAGUUUUGUAAGGUUCCAAAACUUCACCAACAGUGAUGAUCCUACCUGUGAUUUUGAUGGACACACUUGCGAGACAGGGCUGUAUAGUCUGCCUAAUCGCCCGUCCAAAACAGCGAAUGUGCUUGUUGUUCCAACGGGCUCUCGAUUGAAGAUUACAAUGACGGUUUCCAGCGAGGUGCUGGAUGAAGAGGCAGCGGAUUAUGUAGUCAAGUAUUUCGGUGAUGUGAUUGAAAGUUUAGGCAAAGAUGAGGAUGAGUGCAGUUAUCUUGGGUAA